GAAGACAACUCGAAAAAUAUGUUUUUCUCACCCAUAAGCAUCCCCUCUGCCCUGGCCAUGGUCUUCAUGGGGGCAAAGGGAAACACUGUGGCCCAGAUGUCCCAGGCACUUUCUCUAAGCAAAAGCAGCAGCGGAGGUGGAGACGUCCACCAGGGUUUCCAGAACCUUCUCACCGAAGUUAACAGGACCAGCACACAGUACUUGCUCCGAACCGUCAACAGGCUCUUUGCAGAGAAGACUUAUGGUUUCCUCCCAUCUUUCAAAGAUUCCUGCCGCAAAUUCUACCAAGCAGAGACGGAAGAGCUGGACUUUAUCAGUGCUGCGGAGGAAUCCAGGAAACACAUAAGCACCUGGGUAGCCCAAAGGACAGAAGGGAAAAUUACAGAUCUGCUGUCUCCAAAUUCAGUGGACCCCAUGACCUGUCUGUUUCUCGUGAAUGCCAUCUACUUCAAAGGAAACUGGAAGAAUCAGUUUAACAAACAGCACACCAAGCAAAGUCUGUUCAAAGUCAGCAAGAAUGUGGAGAAGGCUGUGCAAAUGAUCUUCAGGAAAUCCACCUUUAAAAUGACCUACAUCGGAGAGAUAUUCACGAAGAUUCUGGUGCUUCCCUACAUCGGCAGGGAGCUCAAUAUGAUCAUCAUGCUUUCCAAUGAAAACACCGAUUUGAAAACAGUGGCAAAGGACCUUGCUUAUGAGAAAUUCAUCGAGUGGACGAGACCGGACCUGAUGGAGGAGGAGGUGGAGGUGUCCCUGCCCAGGUUUAAGCUGGGGAAGAGCUACGGCAUGGAGGGUGUCCUCCGCACCCUGGGUGUGACCGACGCCUUCGAGGACACCAGGGCGGAUUUCUCAGCCAUGUCGGCCCAGAGGGACCUGCGCCUGUCCCAGGUCAUCCACAAGACCUUUGUGGAGGUCGACGAGGAGGGCACAGAGGCGGCCACGGCCACCGCCGCAGUCCUGAUGUUGCGCUGCACCAGAAUCACCCCCAGGUUCCGAGCCGAACACCCUUUCCUCAUCUUUAUCCAGCACAGCAAGACCAGCGGGCUUCUCUUCUGCGGCCGGCUCAGCUCCCCAUAA